CCUUUAAAUAUUUUUUCUUCUCUGUUAAAUAAUAGCGAGGCCGCUCCCCCCUCCCUGGAGCAGCUGUGAAUUGCGCGGAGCUCCGCUUCUCUCCUCCCUUCCGCCCUUCCCUUCUUCACUCCAGCCCCGCCGGGUUGAAACUCUUCAGCAUUGGGAGGGGUUGGCGGGGGGAUGAUGGAUAGAUAGAUGGAUGGUGGGAGGAGGAGGGAAAGGGAGGUGAAGGAAGGGAAGGAGAAAGGAGAAGGGGUGCUGCGGUUUGUCCGUCCGUCUCCCCGCGCUGCAGUGCGGGGCUGGAUCCCCCGAGGAUCCCGGCCGGCCGGUCGGUGGGUGAGCGGGUGAGUCGGUGGCUGCCCGCGCGUCCCCAGCGGCAGCGGGCUCACACCAUGUCGCCGCGGCGGCGGCAGGAGCGGCGCCGGUGCCGGCAGCCUCUGGCAGCCUCACGAUGCGCCCCGCACCCGGGCAUGGCACGGCACGGCUCGGCCCGGCCGGCGGCGCUCACGCCGGGAGCCGGCAGUGGCAGCCGCGGCCCCGCUCUUGCAUGGGGGGGCGGCUCACGCCCAGCGCCGCGGCGGAGCCCCCGCCGCCUCCGAGCCCUUCCCGCGGCGCUGCCCUCGCAUCAAACGGCGCCGGGCACCGGCGGGCAGGGGCUGCGCGUCCCGGCGGCGGCGGGGCAGGGGCGCGGGGCUGGAGCAGGGUGCUGCGAGCCAGACAAAGAUAGCCGGGGAGGAGGAGGAGGAGGAGGAGAAGGAGGAGGAGAAAAAAUAUACUGCGAGCGGAGAGAGAGAGAACAGCUCCCCCUUCCCUUCUCCAACAGGAAAAACCGGCGGAAACGCGCCCGAACCAGAGCACUGCUGGGUCUCAGAAGAUAAGCAUUGACUGGAGUCACAGAUAUAGCAGAAGAUACUGUUCCCAGGAUGGGGAUUCCUCUGCACCAGUUACUUUAAUCAGCCAGCUUGGGAUAGAGAUAUGCACCUAUACAUGCAUAGGAGCAAGAAGAAAACUGAAUCAAUCAAACCUGCACAGAGCAACAUUAAGCACUGUAAGUCUUGAUUAAAGCUCAUUUUUGAAGUACAAUUUGGCCCAAAGAAAGUUAGCAUUUCAAUAAUAAUUAAUCAUAGCAUUUAAAAGAAACCACUUUUUUUAUAUAGUUCUAAAACUAUGCUAAAUUGCUUACCUGAAGUAAGAACUGUAGAUGCUGCUUUGUGUUUUGCCUGUUAAAAUAUGACAUUGCUCCAGCCAUCAUUUGUACUCUUUUAACCCAUUUAAGGAGGUGAUGUACAAGGAAUAACACUAUAAAAUUUUGUAAAUGGCUUCUGGUGUGUUUAAAUGCAAUGUUUCAAUGUUUUGACUAACCAUGGUAGCCUGCUGUUAAUAGGUUUUGCUCAAGAGAACCCUUACUGGAGGUUGUUGUUAAUUCCCAGCCAGGCUUCAGCAACCUCUAUGAAAGGAGGUUUCAUCUUGAUAUGAUUUUCUUGCAUUAACCUGCUUAAUUAACCAGGAACUGUUAAUGAAGGAAGGCAGCUGAAGGAAGCCACAAGAUGAAAUAGGAGUGAGAGGGAGGAAAAGUAAUUUCAAUGGCAAGGUAUGGUUGAGGGUUUUAGAGAUUCCUUCAGAAAAAGUGGGGUGAAUAUGCCCCUUUACCAAGGCCUCCAAUUAAAACUGAAAUGAAAGAACCCAUGAGAGUGAGCCAAAGAUCAAAGAAAGACUUGUGAAUAUUGACCCCACUAGAGAAGCAGAGGCUCACCUGCAA